UCAUCCUCCUCCUCUUCCUCUCUCUCUCCUCAGGUGUUACGUUCUCUCUUUGGCUCUCAUAUCUCUUCUCUCAUCUUGGCACCUCCCACCUCUGAUGAUGUCACUGAGGGCUCUGCUGGACAUCCUGCUGCUUCCUCCUCCUCCUCUUCCUCGUCCUCGUCUCCCUCUGGAUUGGUUCUUGGUAGUGGUGCUGCAAGGGGAUUGGUGGGCAAACGGGAAGUGGUCCCACGGUUCUUCCUCGAUUUCCUGCAGCGACAGGCCAAAAUGAGGAGGCGGACCCGAAAGUCGAUGGUGGGAGGAAGAGGAUGCUUCGGGAUGAAGAUGGACCGCAUCGGCUCUGUCAGUGGGCUGGGCUGUUGAAGACGCUCAUGUUACCAUGGUGACACCUGUAGGCCUUCCAUUAUGUUGCCAUGGAACCACUUUCCAACAAGAACACUGACCUCAGAACACUGUAGUGACCACGGUGACCACGGUGACCACGGUGACCACGGUGACCCUGAACCGACCCUACGUGAUGUCUGACCUUCAGGUCGGAGACUCCAUGUUGGUGCUUCACUAGUAAAGGAAACGUAGACACAGGUCGUCAACUGGUGACCCCUGACCCCUGACCC